GCUGUGGUGAGGUGCUUAUCGACGGGCUGAAUAAUAAGUUGCUCUAUCUACUAAAAGCUUACUCAUCACUAUCAAUAUCAAGAGAAAAUUAGUUUUAAGGCUAUGGACAGUACUAAUGCUCUUCUGAAGGGUCGUAUCCACUAUUAUGGACGGGAAGGCUAUUACCAAGCCAUGCAAAAUGCGAGCGUGGAGGGCAUCAAGCGCCUGGGCAACGCUCCCGUCUAUCGCUUCUACUCCGCCGUGUCACACCUGCUGCAGGGGCACACGCAGGAGGCUAUACGGCAGUUGCAACCACUGCAGAGCGAAGACAGCGUGGUGAACCUGGGAGCAAUCACGGCGCUGCUUUACGCGCAUAAAAAGUGUCAGAACAUCGACAAGGAGGCGGUAGCUCAGCUAGACGCUGCCUUGAAAGAGGAAAGAAAAAAGGCUUCUGACGAGGCUCUUUACUACGCAGGACUCUUCCUCUUCUUCGCAGGGCGUAAUGACAAAGCCCGGGAGUACAUUGACAGGCUGCUGAAGCUCAACUCUGCUUCCCUGGAAGGUCUCGCUCUUAAAGGGUGGAUCGAGAUACAGGCUGGCAAAGACACGAAGACAAGAAACAUCCAACAGUUCUUUCAGCGAGUGCUAGAGAGCCAGCCGCAGCACCUGGACGCACUGUUCGGUCGUGCCAAAUACUUCGAGUCAGUUGACCAGUACGCCGAGGCCACCGAGGUGCUCAACUACAUUAUCGUCACCAUCCCAAACUUCAUUCCCGGACUCGUCGAGAAAAUUAAAGUCUUGCUCGCUGGGCAAGAUUGGGACCAAACGCUGGAUGCUGCAAAACGAGUGCUGACGGAGGAUCCUCAUAAUUUGGAGGGGAUGAAGUACCGCGUGCUGUACGGCAUGUGUCGUGUGGGGGAGUCCUCGGACCCGGCGCAAGGGCUGAAAGAACUUUACAGCGAGAUGGACAGGAGCGAAACAAACAACGCAGCGCUUUUCAUCACAAUGGCUCAACUCUUCUCUAGACUGUGCGGUAGGUCGCCAGCCGUGCUGGAGGAGACCUACAUGAUGGCCAGCCGAGCAGCCAAAGUUGACACCAGCAACGCUGAGUACCUCACCGAGGUUGGCUACCAGUGCCUUCUGCUCUCUAAGGUUAAAGAAGCAACCAAGUUCUAUCGCAACGCCACGAAGCUCGACGAAUCCUCUGUUGCUGCGCUCACGGGUAUAAUUACUUGCCAAUUAUUGGACGGGCAAGUCGACAUGGCAGAACAGCAGCUCGACUUUUUGAAAGAGGUCCAGCGAUCGCUUGGAACAUCCCCUGACAUACUUUAUUUGUCUGCGGUGCUCAAUCGUCUCAAGAAAGGACCAGCGGAAAAGAGUAUUGGUCUUCUGAGCGAAGCAAUCGAGAAUCACUACAAACAUCUGCGUGGCCAAGGCUUCGGAGCCACCUACUUGGCAGCCUUGAACCCAGAUUUCCUCCUCAUGAUUGUACAGGAGAGCCUUCUGUACGCUCCUUCUCAGGAUAGUUUUGCAGAGUCGAACCCAAACAUUAGCGGAGGUUUGGAUUCAAGCACUGGCGGUGAAAGCGACAGUUUCACGCUGGUCAAGCGGUGCUCGAUGGUCCUCGAGAGCAUCGGCCAGGCAUGUCCAGCUUUGCUACCGGCAUUACUCCUCACUGCCAGGAUAAAAAUGAUCACCGGGGACUUGAGGGCGGCGAAUGCCACGCUCUCACACAUCAUCGACAACGUCGGAAGUACGAGUUCAGAGGCGAGGCUGCUGAUGGCAGAAGUGCAGCUGCAGCAAGGCAACUACAAACAGGCGCAACAGUCGCUCGAGGUCGCCCUAAGCUUCAACUUCGAGGUGCGAGAGCAGCCAACCUUCCACCUGGUGAAGGCGCGGGUGCUGAAGAAGCAGGGCGCCUACAGCGAGGCACUCAAGACACUCACUAACUGCCUGCAGCUCAACAAAACCAAGGCCGCUUCGGGCGGCUCGUCGUCCAACAUGAUGUUGGCGUCAGGGGGCGGGUCACGCGAGUUGACCAUCACAGAGAAGACCUCUGUGUUCCUGGAGAAGGUUGACUGCCACCUGCUGGCGAAACAGCCUGAGUUGGCAGCCCAGGUCAUGGAGGAGGCUCGAGUCGCUCUCAAAGGCUCAGGAGAAGAAGUGCGUCUGAACGUGGCGUCAGCAGACCUGGCCCUGAACAGAGGAGAUCCCCAGCAAGCACUUGCGACGCUUCGUGCCGUCGCUACCGACAACCAAUACUACCUGCAGGCUCGCCAUAAGAUGGCUAAUAUCUACCUCAACCAUCUGCACGACAAGCGCAUGUUUGCUGCAUGCUACAAGGAAAUGGUUGAGAAGUCACCGAGCACGCAAAGCUUUUUGGUGCUGGGCGAUGCCUAUAUGUCCAUCCAAGAGCCAGAGCGCGCCAUAGAGGUGAGCUCAAUGUGCCUUCGUCUUACUUUAGUGAUCAAAAUUUCUGCUGAAGUAGUUUCAGAAUAAAAAUUCUACUCGAAACACUAGAAUUUCAGACAUAAUUCUCGGAAAUUGAUUUUUUUCAAUAUUUCCAGAUAUGACAUGGCGGAGCUGUUGCUGCGCAUGGGUCAGAACGACAAGGCAGAGAAAGCCAUCAUGCAAGCGCUGGAACAUGAAGGCAACAGCAAUGAGAUCUCCUCCAUGGUCAUGCAAGCCAAGCUCUUCAAUCUGCUCGCCAGAGUGUACGAGAAGUGGGAGGGCAAGUACGAACAAGCGCAGUCCACCCUGAGGCAAGCCAAAGAUGUACAGGUGAAGGUGCUCAAGAGAGCCCAGGUGGAGCUCCCUAUUGCACAGCAACAUCCUGCUACAAAUUUUUUUUAUGCUGGCAGCAUGUGCUGCAAGAUGGCUGAGCAGCACGCCAACCAGAGGAACUACGAUGAGGCGAUCCAGCUCUACAAGGACGCUCUUGACAUCACACCCGACGAUCCCGUCACUAGACUUGCCCUAGCCAAGCUCUACCUGCACAUCAACAACAUGGAGAUGUGUCAGAAGACGUGUCAGGAGCUGCUACGUGUUGAUGAAGACAACGACGGAGCAACAGUGAUGAUGGCGGACUUGUCGUACCGCCGCAACCAGUACGACAACGCUAUGUUCCACUUCCAAAAACUCCUAGACCGCCGUCCUACGCAUUACUCGGCCCUAUCACGCCUCAUUGAGGUGCUGCGCAGAACAGGCAGGCUGGAGGAGGCAGAACCUUACAUGACGCAAGCGCAACAAGCCACGCAUCGGCCCACGCCCGGCAUGUUCUUCUGCCAAGGACUGCUUGACUGGUACACGGGUAACCCAAACUCAGCCUUGAAGCAGUUUAACCAAGCUAGGAAGGAUCCCGAGUGGGGACAGCGCGCCAUCUACAACAUGAUCGAGAUUUGCCUGAAUCCUGACAACGACACCUUGGGCGGUGAAACCUUCCAGUCGAUGGACGAAGAGCUGCACCGCGACAGCUCCAGCAAAGACACGCAAGACAUGGCCAUCAGGACAGCAAAUAAAUUGCUCAAGGAGCUGAAACCGACAGUGGGUGACCAACAAAUAAGCUAUCAAGUGCUCAGCGGCCGUGUACUGCUCGCUACGAAGCAGAAGGGUAACGCUGAGUCUGCACUACAACUUUUCAUGCAAAUCGCUGGCAUCGACACAUACAAGGAUCAUGUGGGAGCAAUAUUUGGCAUGGCUGCUGCCUACAUGAUUCUCAAACAGACCCCGCGGGCGCGCAACACUCUGAAGAGAGUCGCAAAGGAACCGUGGAACUUCGAAGACGCUGAGGACUUAGAGCGAUGCUGGCUUCUGCUUGCUGACAUUUAUGUGCAGACUGGCAAAUACGACAUGGCAACCUUCCAGCUAAAGCGUGUGCUGGAGCACAACCAAUCGUGCAUGAAGGCUUACGAGUACAUGGGCUUCAUCAUGGAGAAGGAGCAAAGCUACAGGGAUGCCGCGUUUCAUUAUGAACACGCCUGGAAAUUCAGUGGCAAUACAAACCCAAUGAUUGGUUACAAGCUCGCAUUCAACUACAUGAAGGCGAAACGAUAUGUGGACGCCAUUGAUGUUGCACACAGCGUUCUUGACAAGCACCCGGACUAUCCGCGCAUCAGGAAAGAAAUCCUGGAGAAAUGCAGGGCUAAUAUAAGAGCUUAACUAACUCUGAAGUCGAUCUUUAAACGUUCAACUCAAAUCAAGAGAUAAUCAUCAAAUGAGUUGAAUUGUUGGGACCAGUACCUUAUAUUUAAUUCAGAGCACAAUUGUAAACAUAACCAGCAAUAUUUUCAGUUCAAGCAUUGGAUUUGCGUGUAUUCUAUAUAACGCAACCAUAAGCCCUAAGUUAUAUACUAUAUUCCCUAAGUUAUAUACGUACUAUAUGCCCUAAGUAUAUUGUCCAAGUCAUUGCAAGCGUCACACGAUGCUAUGUAUUUUCUGAAAGCUGGCAUCAGCAACUCUCAAGGGCUCUGGUUUCAACUAGUGUCGUAAUGCAGCCGAUUACACAGUAUGGCAACAUUUAAUAGCACUGUCACUAUAAUCUCCAAUUCACAAGCUUUCGUAUACACGAAAUUAUGUUUUUUUAUACCAUUAAUCCAGGAAAUAUCUCAAGAAGUGAUAAAAGAAAAAGAAUUUUAAAAUCUUAAAUUUGACAUGGAUUGAGGCGGUUGUAUUUUUAAGAUAAUUUUUUGAGUGCGUACCUUAGAACUGAACAUCACCAAAUAACUUACACGAAUUUGUGAAGAUGCACGAUUGAAUA